UCAAGGUCACUUACACACAAAACUAUUACUUCCUGCUGUACUGAAAGUCAUCUAGCUGUAAAUGAGAGUAAAUCCUAACGUUGUUCUCUUUGAGCAGUUGGUUCUUUUAGUAGCAGUUAUUGGUCUUAUUAAAGUAAAGUAGCUGGAAUAGCCUGGAAUAGCUUUACUAAUUGCGGACUUGUACAAUAAAGGGAUUGUUGUUGUUGUUUAUUAUUAUUGUGUUGUUGUCACUCAGGCUCACAUGUAUAGGCGCAUUAGCCUCUUCCCAGUUCUCCGUGGCGCCUCCUGGUCUAUGAUCUGUUGCAUAAACUACACUCUGUUCUUCAGUGUUAAUUAUUCCAGUCUCUGUCAUCCCAGGUAGUUGACUUCGCCAAAGCUCUGGUGGCUUUUUUCAACGUAGGUCCAAUACGUAGUCGUGUCGGCAUUAUCACUUAUGGCACUGAAGCAGAGCUGGCUUUGGACUUCAACACUUUUCAAGGUGAUAAUCUCUCCUCUGAAGAUGUGCAAGGCUUAAUUGAAAAUCUGGUGCCGCGAGGAGGAGAUCGCUUCAUAGACAAGGCUUUAUCACUGGCAAAUGAACAGCUGUUCACUAUGGAGGCGGGGAUGAGAGUAAAUAAUAAUGAAUCUAACAAGGCUUUAAUUCUGUUAACGACUGGAAAACAAACCAAAGACCGAGGCCGUUUCACGCCAUUAAGGGAAGCAUCCCAGCCUAUCAGAGACAAAGGAGUCAAUAUCUACGUUGUGGGACUUGGUUCUGAUGACGAUAUUGACGUCAAUGAGCUGAUACAAAUCGCAGGCACGCAAGAGAACGUGGUUACCGCUGAUGUCUUUGGAGAACUUGUUGCGCUAGCAGAGGAAGUAUCAAAAGUCGUUUGUGGUAAGGAAAUACAACUAAACCUGUAACUAUUGUGGCUUAGAAGGAGUAGGAUCUAUAGACUUUAAAAGUCUAUAACGCUUUCACCUUUAUAUAAAUACUGGGACAAAAUAUCGCUCCUACCUUUUGAGACCGCCGUUGUUUUAUAUUUUAUGACAAGUGUCUUGUAAAGGAGCUACGUCACGAUUUGCGGAUCUUGCCAAGUUUAGCCUAAACUUUUCGAGUUAGUCGUUUGUAAUCCACAUCAAUCUUCUCCGUCCUUAACCAUUGUUGUUCCUUUAUGGUUUAUCAAUGUCUCUUUGGUGUUUUUCUAUCUU